AUUAAAACAAAAUAUGUAUAUAAUUUAUGAUUCAGCUAUUUCUUUGAUUUUUUUAUUUAUUUUUUGAAUAAAAUCAAAAUCAAAAUCAAAUCAAAUAUUAUUAAUUUUAAAAAUGUAAAAUCAAAUCAAAUGAAACUAAAUAAAGCUAGGUUUAUUUAAUAGAUUUAGUUCGAUACCUAAAUCCAACCAUCAAAAUUAAAUUCUACAAUAGUAGAACACCACGUGCGCAUUUUAGCAAUAACCAUUGCAGUCACUCAUUUGCAUUUGCCUCCACAAAAUAAGGAAAUCUAUGCACCUUUUGUUCCUAUUUUUUUUUUGCUGCAGGGACAAAAGGUGUUGGAGAAAUAAUGUUAAGAGUAUUCAGUUUGAGCUAAAAGGGUGUUCAUAAUCAAUCUUCAAGAUUCAUGAGGCCUUAGAGGAUUUUGUGAGUUUCUUGUGGUGAUAGUGAUUGGAAGGAGUAGGAAAAAUGGGGGGUCGAUCGCCAAAUUUGCUAUCCCGGAAUGGAAGUUUCAGGCCAGAAAAUCUGGGACAAAAUGCAUUGCAAAUGAUUGGCAAUCUUUGUUUCACUAUAUUUGUAGUUGGAGUUUUGGUUUUCACUAUAAUGGCUGCAACUUAUGAGCCUGAAGACCCUUUGUUCCAUCCUACAACAAAAAUCACUAAUUUCCUUACAUCUAAAUCCAAUGCCACAUUUAAAACUGAUGACACUGUUAUGAAGACUGGUGAGGAUUUUAUUGGUGCAAAUCAGAAAGCAUUUUCUACCUUUAUCAACCUAACAGAUGUCGACGUUUCGCUGACGGAUGCUGACAGUGGUACUGAAAGUAUUCCUGAUUGUAAGGGGAAAACUGAUGAACCUAUUGAUUGUACUGAUCCAGAUGUGUUUCAUUUUUUGAUGAGGGUAGCCAUUGAUAAGUUCAAGGAUAUCCAUUUUUACAGAUUUGGGAAGUCGGUCCGUGGAUCGAAUGAUAGUUCGUGCCACAUGGCUUGGCGGUUUAGGCCUAAAGAUGGGAAGACUGCUGCAUUUUACAAGGAUUACCGCGAGUUUGUGGUUUCUAGGUCGGAGAACUGUACACUUAGUGUGGUGAGCAUUGGUGAGUAUCAUUCUGGUGGGAAUGCUCGGAAAAGGAAGAGAAAGAACAAGGACAGAACUGCAGGUAAGUUAGAUGAGGGGUUUGAGAAGGCACAAGCGAAAGCGGGGGGACAAAAUAUUGCUCUGCCUGAGGUUGGUGAAGCUGUGAACGACUCACUUCCUGUGGUGGAAUCAGAGAGUGCUUUCCGUCGAGGGAAGUAUCUGGCAUAUCACGGAGGUGGGGAUAGGUGUAAGAGCAUGAACCAUUAUCUCUGGAGCUUCAUGUGUGCGUUAGGCGAGGCACAGUACUUGAACAGGACCUUGAUAAUGGACUUGAAUAUUUGUUUAUCCAAGAUAUACACUUCAUCUGGCGUAGACGAAGAAGGAAAGGAUUUCAGGUUUUACUUCGACUUUGAGCAUUUAAAGGAUUCGGCAUCAGUUCUUGAUCAGGAACAGUUUUGGACUGAUUGGGAAAAAUGGCACCAAAAAGAUGGAUUAUCUCUCCAUCUUGUGGAAGAUUUUAGAGUUACACCGAUGAAGCUAUCUACAGUGAAGGAUACUUUAAUUGUGAGGAAGUUUGGUAGCGUUGAGCCAGACAAUUACUGGUACAGAGUAUGUGAGGGCGAAACAGAAUCUGUUGUUCAACGACCAUGGCAUUUAGUAUGGAAGUCAAGACGUUUGAUGGAUAUUGUUUCGGCUAUUGCUUCUAGGCUGAACUGGGAUUAUGACUCAGUCCAUGUCGUGAGAGGGGAGAAGGCAAGGAACCGGGAAAUGUGGCCACAUCUUGCUGAAGAUACUUCUCCAGACGCGCUUCUAUCUAGUUUGCAAAACAAGGUCGAUGAUGGAAGACACCUAUACAUCGCGACAAAUGAGCAAGACACAUCUUUUUUCAAUCCUUUAAAGGACAAGUAUACUACACAUUUCCUCAGUGACUACAGGGAUUUAUGGGACGAAAACAGUGAAUGGUAUUUAGAUACAACAAAGCUUCAUAACGGAAGCCCUGUCGAAUUUGAUGGUUACAUGAGAGUUUCAGUUGAUACUGAAGUUUUCUUGAGAGGCAAAAAGCAAGUCGAGACGUUUAAUGAUCUCACUAGAGACUGCAAGGAUGGGAUCAAUACAUGCACUUCGUCCAGCUAAAACUUUGCCACUUUCGCGUUGGGGUAAAUUUUGAACCAUUCCGAUAGUUUAGGAAAAUUUUUGGUCUUGAUUUUUGGAGUAAGAAUCAAAACUAUUACUGUUAGUUUCUUUUCUGGAAAGUAAAUUUUUUUAUUUUUUUUUCCAUUAGUUAAGUGUCUUCUAAGUUUUGUUAUAGGCAUUCAGUUCAUGCUUGUAUACCCUCCAUUUGGUAACUUUAGAUAAACUUUUUAUGUUUGUUCCUUCCUUGGAUUGGUUUGUUUGAACCAUGAAAUUGUUGUUUGAUCCUA